CGUGCAUACAUUUGAGUGAGCGUGUGUGUGAGACAGCAGGGAGGGGGAGCUCCAGGCAUUCAGAUAGGUCUACUACAACACUGCAGUCUUUUCUCUUCUCUGAGGAAGCUGACUACAUAGUCAACUCAUAAAAUCUGGCCAUGACCCUGCCUAGGAGCCUGUCCACACCUGCGCGCGGACUGUAAGGAGAAGGAGGACGAGGAAGAGGGCAUCUGUCCCCAGCAGGCUCACCGGCGGGACUGGAUCGGACCGUACCUGCAUUAAGAGAGGGGGGGGGGGGUGGAUUGUAGGACUGAGCUACAAGAAAAGUGGAGGCAGGAGCUAGCAAGGGGACAGAGAGAAGGAGAGGGUGAGAGAGAGAGAGAGAGAAAGAGAGAGAGAGCAAGACAGCUGAGAAACAAACAGGUUUAGAGGAGGUAGAAGAUCUCAGUGAGCAGAUGCAGGAUGCACACGCCUCUGCCUCUAUGUUUCCACCGUCUUAAUUUCCAUUUUUGCUUGAUUAACCUCCCUUCCUCUCUUCUCAUCCCUUGCCUAUCUGAAGCUCACUGAUACUGCUGCCCCUGGACAAACUUUGUGUCCCCGGAGGGGUGUGGAGCCUCUGGAGGGAGGCAGUGCCAGCUGCUGGAGUGAGGACAGUGCGAGUGAGGAGGUCGGGAGUUUGGCUCCCCCUCGCAGUCGACUCUGAGUAUGCCAGCAGGGGAGAUCUAAGGAAGGCGCGAGGUCCAUUGGCCAGCACCGGUGGAGACCCUCGGGGAUUGUUAGCUGUCGAAAUGUGGAGGUCCUCCUGUUGGCGUGACAGGGAGGAAGUACAAGGAAUUAUUCAGACUGGAAUGGCAUGAGGUUGAAGGCGGAAGAAUCUGGCAUAACUAAUCCAGGGAUUUGUUUGAAACCAGUGUUGCUGUUGGUGGGAAGUUUGUAAGAAUUCGCUGACUCUUGGUUCCACAGUGGCGAUCAGCAAUUGUGUUCCGGUGGCCCGGACUGGAUAGGGUUGCGUGACACGCCGAAAAUGAUCUGAAGUAGCUGGGGCGUCUGUCACUUAGCGGUUGGACCCCAGUUAGCUUUUGCGUGAAGGUGCGCCAUUGGGGACCAGGGCUGGGCUCUGCCUAGAGGGAGUGAGGCCCCUGGCCUUGUAGGGUCAACAGAGGUUCCCAGAGGAACUCACCUAGAGUAGGGACGCUUUGGCCCUCCGACCUGGCCGGCCCGAUGCGACGCUCCAGCACUGACGAGUCCCCCUACCGCCGCAGCCCAUCCCUGGACAGCAAGCCUGGCUCCUCCCCCCCAAACUCUGGCUUCCACCGCUAUGGCAGCGAAUACGAAUACAGCAGCCGGCCCUUCUGCUUCGGGCUUCGCACGGCCCCCGGACCCCAGGCAGCCAAAAGCAACUAUGGCUCCACCAAGGGCAAGAAGUAUGUGGUGUUUUAUCUGGACUUGUCAUUCAUUUUCCUUCUAGAGCUCCGUCGCUGCAGGAUGGCGGAGGGCUGUCUGAGGGCCCUGCGCUAUGGCAUGGUCUUCUUCAACCUGCUCUUCUGGCUAGGUGGCUGUGGGAUCCUUGGGGUGGGAGUGUGGCUGUCGGUGACACAGGGAAACUUUGCCACCCUCUCCUCCUCCCUACCAUCCCUGACUGCUGCAAACGUCCUCAUUGCCGUGGGGACCAUCGUCAUGGUGAUAGGUUGCCUGGGGUGCGUGGGGGCAGUCAAGGAAAGUCGCCCCCUGCUUCUGAGUUUCUUCAUUCUCCUCCUCCUGAUCUUUCUGCUGGAGAUUUUCUCUAUCAUCCUCUUCUUUGCCUAUCAAAAUCAGAUAGAUCACUACGCCCAGUCGGACCUCAAAAAGGGACUUCAGCUCUUUGGCACGGAGGGAAACGUGGGCCUCACCAAUGCCUGGAGUAUUGUCCAAACUGACUUCCGUUGCUGCGGAGUGACCAAUCACACGGACUGGUUCGAGGUGUACAACAUGACCCGCGUCCCGGACUCCUGCUGCCUGGAGUACAGUGACAACUGCGGCCUGGAGAACCCUGGAACCUGGUGGACUGCGCCUUGCUACGAGCGCGUGAAGGGUUGGCUGCAGGAGAACCUGGUGGUCUUGUGGAUCUUUGCCUUAUGCACAGCCCUGACACAGGUCCUGGGUCUGGUCUUCUCCAUGACCAUGUUCUGCCAGGCAGAGAAAACGAACACCUUCUACGCCUAGAUCUCCAAGAGUGUUCAUGGACGGGGGGGCAUGCUGGGAUAUGGGUGACCCACAAAGGCAAAUGCCACAUCAAGUGGACUUUUCUGUAAGGCUCAUUUCAUGUCCUCUUUGGUGUUCGUUGGGUUCGCUUGCUCAGAAUGGCAUCCAUAUGUCAGUCAGCUUCUGCUGUUAAAGAACCACAAUAACUUCAAGUGACAUGUAGAUGCUGUGAUAUGGGCCUUCGCUUCAUUACAUGAACCAAGUGAAAUCUCUGUUGAGUUGAACAUAGCUAGGUUAAACUCACUUGUUUUCUGACAUUAAGGAUUUUGUCUGGGGUCCAACAGAAGUUAUAUUAAUAUUUAAAUAAAUAUGAAUACCCAAACUCAAUGCUGGUGUAAUUUUACAGAUAGCACAGAGAAGAACUCAUAGCAAUAUUAAAUCCAGCUUACUGAACAUCCAGAUCGUUAUAGGCUGACAUUUACUGUACAGCUCCAUGCCAAGAGUUCAAAUUAAUGAGCAAUGCUUAAUAUGCCGUUUUCUCACAAACUGAAAUGAUCGAAGUGAAUAAUUCAGUCUCAAUUAUAUCACCUGAUUAAAAUGAGCUGUCCAUUAAAAUACCAUUUUAUAACCGAAAGAUGUCUUUGCGACCUCUCAGUUAGGUAAUCAAACCUCUAACUGAAUAUUGGACUCACCUAGUAAAGAUUGUCCUUCAUUAAGAAAUACGUAUUUUGUUAAGUGCCAUUUAUUUUAUCAUCAGAUCAUCCAGCUGGAACAGAACCGUGAGCUCACACAUUGCGUUUUCCCAUAAUACACUGGAAUGGUACAUCUGGCAGAACCAGACAGAGUUUGGUUUGGUUCAGGUAGGUGGGAGAGAGAUUUGAAAAAUAAUGCUCUGUAUAGCUGCCCUGUAUGGGCCAUUAAACUGAUUAAAAUACAUAACAGUAAAAUAUGACCAAAAUCUUUUUAGAGAACUACAGCUUGUAGAAUAUGCAUAUAUGCUUCUAAGGGGGUUACUUUGUACCUAAUACUAUGCGUAUCGUUCGAAGUUUUGGACAAAAACCUAAUGAUGUGGCACAUCGGCCAUGUCAGGCAAAAAGUACAGGUCGGCCACAUCUGAAAUCUGCGAGGCUGACAUCUUUCCUCCCCAGAUCCUCCGUGUUUCUAAGGACAGCCAGUCCCCCAUGAAUAGUCAUUACAGCUUCAAGAAGACACUGGCAGCACUGAACUAGAUGUAAUUAUUGCAGCAUAUUCAGCCGUUUCUUUCAGCGAUGCAGGCCGGUGAGGAUGCAGGGACGUGAAAGAUGGUCCCAAGGCAACAAAGAGGAGAUGGAGCGCGAUGGGCAUAGGAGCUUAAGUCUAGACUUGCAAGGCCAAACAGAAGUGGAAGCACAAGACAAGGUGCAUUUGUGAGGUUAGAUGAUUAGUCAGCAUCCUGCGCCGUGUUACAGUGAGAGAGGCUGAGAGCAGACAGGGAAACAGCAGCUCACUCUGCAGUGCUUCAGAUUUCAGAAUAAUUUUAAAGCAGAGCCUGUUUUAUUGAAAUAGCAGGUGAGGUUUGACCUAUACGACUUCAGUUUACAUCUGAGCUUCAGCGAUAAGCUGGCCUUGACACUCCAGUUUUAGACGACACAGGAGAGGACAGGUCACUGAUUUUACCGCCGUAAAAAUGGUAAUCCUGGAUAGAGGAUUUCCACCACGUUUGCUUGGCAUUUAAGGAAAAACAUGCUCCACAAAACACGGGAAAGGGACAAAUAUUAAGUGACCCACGUUGCACGAACCUCCAGGUCAUGACCACCAUAUUUAAGACUAGCGACAUCUGGCCCUGUUAGCCCGUGUAAAUGUGCAGAUUCCCUUGUUGAGGAAAUGCUGUAGUUUGUCUAGAGGCUCUUGGCAGACAAUUAUUCAGUUAAUGAAGCAACAUGCAUAUGUUAUACAGGCUGCUGGAGGCCCAGCGCGCAACACUGUUGUCGUUCCUGACUUCUGUACACGGAUUUACGUUCCCUUCUCCCACAUCUUCCUUUUUUUCAGUCUGCUAAUAAUUCACUCCAGUUUCAAUCAAAUAUAGAUGCAUUAAAAGUUCAUAGCAUGGAUGUGCUUUCUAUUAGUGAGAGGCGUUAACAAGCCCUAUGUCAUUCUGCAGCUUCUUACAGUAACAACAGCUCCGCUUCGGAACACAACAUGAUUCCAUUCAUGCACAAUUCAUGUGAAAUUAUGCAGCUGAAUAGUACUGAAAUGAAUUUUAGCAAUGGGACACGAUGGGUUUUUUAACCCUGAGCCAUACUUCAAUUACUGUCAUUAUUACGCAGAUGUGUAAAUAAAUUAUGAGAUACAAUGGCAUUACACAGUAAUUGCCACGGUUUUAGAGGCAAAUUGGGUACAACAGGAUGUGACUGAGUGGCCCGUCUGUGGUCAGCAGACAGCAACAGGUGUAUAAACAUUUUUUAAAUCCCUUUUCCUGCUACACUUAUUGAGGAUUAUUUCAUGAUUUUAUACUGAUUAUGAUUAAGCUAUUUGUAUAUAUUUCUAAAACUCUGAGGGUGUAAUACCAAAAAACACAUUUUAAUGUUGAAAGGCACACCACAGUCCUUUGUCUUCAAGAUCAGGUCACACACCACUUGUAUACUUAUUAAACUCUCAUAGUCCCCAUAAACCCUAUUGUUUCCCACACUCUGGGUGAAGAAGACAUUACAAUUCUUUAGUCUCUUCUGAAUGAUGCCAGUUUGCUUUGGUUCAUAGGUUUUAGUCCAAUAUAAAAUUUAAUUCUCUUCCACGUGAGAGUAUCCCAACCCAAACACACUGCACAAUCCAGCUCAGAGGUUCAUCAGCCCUGGUACUAGAAAUCCGUAACCAAGCUCAUUUUACUUAUCACUUCCUAUUGUCAAAUUAAUUGCCCAGAACAAUAGGUGUCUAAUUCUCCAAAAAGGAUAGCACAUAAACCAGAUGGAUAGGAGAAGGGUAGGACCAGGGCUGCCGAUCAAUGAUGUAGCACACUGUAGCUCUUUUGAUGCGUGUACACGUGUACAUCGGGAAAAGAAAAAAAAAAACGCAAGCCGCUGGAUGUUUCUAGAAACUAUGAGAUGUUUGUGUGAGACAAAAAAGUAAAAUUUGUACCGUCUUCUCAGAAUCUUUACUAAACUGGGGCUGAAAAAAUGUAAACAUAUUUAUGUAAACAAAACCUUAUUAAAGUAUAAAUAAAUUUCCAAAAUAAAUUCU